AUGUCUUCUAAAUUAAACGGGUUGAAGAAGUCAACUUACAAGGUUAAAUGCAAACUUCGGUGCCUCCGACUCGAAGUGCCGUGGUACGAAUCGCCUCGUGUUCCUCCGGGUGAGCCUGUCAUCCUGGACGAAGACGGCAAGCAGUUGCAGGGACUGGUGGGUCCGUUCAACGAAGGAGACCCGCUCCAACUCACCUGCCAAGUGGAUGUCGGCAAACCGCGACCCGCGGUCACCUGGUGGAAGGACUACGCUCAGCUGGACGAGUCCUACUUCUUCUCGCCCGACGGGGCCCUGGUGAAGAACAAGCUGGAGGUGGGCGCCAUCACGAGGAACGACCUGCUGGCCAUCCUCACCUGCCAGGCGUCCAACAACAACAUCACGGUGCCGGCUUCCAGCUCCAUCACCUUGGACCUGAACCUUAAGCCCCUGGACGUGACGAUUCAGCCCCCGGAGCGGCCUCUGUCGGCCAACAAGGAGGUGGAGCUGGUGUGCUCGUCGAGCGGGUCCCGGCCCCCGGCGGCGCUGACCUGGUGGAAGGGCGACCAGCAGAUCCGGCCGGCCCGGGACGAGGAUAGCAAGGGCGGCCUGAGCGCCAGCACCUCGGUGCUCCUCUUCACGCCCACGGUGGACGACAACAACCGCAUCCUGUCCUGCAGGGCCGAGAACAAGGCCAUCCCGGGCAGCGCGCUCGAAGAAGGGUGGAAGCUGGAGGUCUACUACGCCCCGAUAGUGACCCUCCAGCUGGGCAGCAAUCUGCGAGACGGCGAGAUUCAGGAGGGCCGAGACGUGUACCUCGACUGCAAGAUUGUCGCCAACCCUUACACGAGCGACGUGGGCUGGCUCUUCGAGGGCCGGGAGCUGGCCUCCAACGCCACAGCGGGGGUUAUCGUGAGCACCCAGAGCCUGGUGCUGCAGCGGGUCCGCAGGGCCCAGAGGGGCCGCUACGCCUGCUCGGCCACCAACAAGGAGGGCCGGGGCGUCAGCAAAGACCUCUACCUCAGGGUGAAGUAUGCGCCUGUCUGCAAGGCGGGACAGAAGUGGGUGUACGGCGUCUCCAAGCAGGAGUCGGUGUCGGUGCGGUGCGACCUGGACGCCGACCCGUCGGAGGCGAGCUUCCACUGGGUCUUCAACAGCUCGCUGACGGGAAAGCGCAUUGACAUAAUGCAGGGAGUCUCGUCGAGCGGGUCGCGCAGCGUCGUCAGCUACCUGCCCAAGACAGACGACGACUACGGCACACUACUCUGCUGGGGCACCAACUCGGUCGGCAUCCAGAGGGACCCCUGCGCCUUCGCAAUCGUGCCCGCAGGUCUGCCGGACUCCGUGAUCAACUGCUCCCAGAUCAACGCCACCGAGAGCGGCAUGUCCCUAGAGUGCGUGGAAGGGCCCUGGGACGGGGGCAUGUCCUCCCCGGUGUUCGUCGCCGAGGUGUACGACCUCGAGUCCGGGAGCCUGAAGUCCAACCUGAGCUCACUGCCUGGCACGCCCGCUUUCGUCGUCCGCGGUCUGCCCGGAGGCGCCAGCUUCAGGGUCCUGGUGUACGCGACCAACGGAAAAGGACGUAGCGCCCCAUUCAUUCUCAUGGCCCAUACGCUGAGGCCUGCAGAGAAGUUUACCGCAGGUGUUCAGGGAAUGAUCGUAAUCCGACCAGUGCUGGGAGUCCUCAUUGGCGUCGUCAUUGCACUGGUCAUUGCUGCAAUCGUCGUCAUCAUAUUUAUCCGCUGCAAAAAACAUGGGCGAAGCAAAGGUUCCCAAAAGGAGAACAUGGAAGACAAGUCAUUAACGCUUCUGAAAAAGGAUCCAGAUGAGUCGGUGGACCUGGAAGAGAAAGGCCCCGACAUAAUACCUGCUACAACAGUGUUUUCAGGUUACGAUGCUGCCCAUGAAAAAAUGGUGGUGUUGGCAACGGGACUCGACUCGUAUACGUCGCCGGUUCAAAUGAAAGAAACUCUAGACAGUUUAGGAAAUCACAGAACUGCAUCGCCAAAGAAGGACUGCAGCGAAGUAACCUACGCGGAGCUGUCUUUCCCCAAGGGGGUGGCAGUCCUGCCGGCGUCUGGCGGCGGCACUCUGCGGAGGACGGCGCUAAGCGCGGCCGCCGUGCUCCCGCCGCAGCUGCCGGACCCGCCCACGGAGUACGCGCGCAUCGACUUCCACCGCACAUUGCGGCCAGUGCCCGGAAACCUGGGUUUGACGGGGGAGGAGCUCGAGGACGAAGGUGGCAGCACCUGCGAGACCCCGCUCAUGGCCAACCGCAGGGAGAGUACCGUCUAGCCCCCACCGCCCCGGGGCAUCCGCGGCGGUGCCCGACCAGUGACUUUCCACGUGCGCGUGCGCGUGAGCAACAGGAUGGGCCAGCAGGACCUACGUCAGGCUGCAGUGAGAUGCUCAACUACAACAGUGCCGCCAAUUUUGGUGACUCGGGUGCUGCACACAACAAAGACAUUCGCAGCCUCCUCUCGGUGGCCGCCACACAAGCCAAGAGUGAAUUCUAGUGCCAGCCAGGACCACAGGCAUGCCGUAGCAAGAACUUGGAAAGAAACAAUUUAGGGCGUCGAGUUGUGGAGAGUUAUAUGCGCCGAGCUCUGAGGUGGAGUUUCGGCCAAGUUUACUCCUGAAACACAGCUGCUGUUUGAGAAUGCUGUAAGGGUUAAAUGAUAAUUUUUCAGGGAAAACUUUUCUCGGACAGCCCGAGUAAUCGAUUUUGACAUCGAAGGCCAUUUUAAUGAUUUUUUUUAAUGAAAUUAAGUUUUGCAGCACAACUCUGUCGUCUUGACCAAAUGUAGCAAGUCAGGUGUAGUAAACCGCAAAUACGUUUCUGAUCUCUGUCCACGUGUUUUUAACGUAAUCACGUGGACAGUCUAACUGUCCACGUGAUCUCUGUGUUUCAGCCUGUCCACGUCUGCAUCUAAAUUUUUAAUAGAGUAUUACCUCAAGAUCUCUAAUAGAGCCCCAAGGCGGGUCUAUGCUGUGCCAACAAAAUCUGAAGAAUAUUUAUGACACUUUCUAACAUGCUACAUAAUACUUACACUGCGAGGGUAAAGCUAUUAAAGAUACACAACUUUUUUCCCGCUUAAUGAGGUCAAUCUUUCAAUGGAAAUGGAAAGAUGUCACCACUAACAGUAAUUACUGAGUCAAAAACUAUCACAUAACUGUGCAGACAAGCACAUUUACAAUUUAGAUUCCGUGGCAAACAUGUCCACGAUAAACUCAUGGGUUCAGUAACCGGACUGUAAUACAUGCGUGUAGAUUUCAGUCCUAAACCAUUGCUGAAAUCUUGGAUGAAGGGAAUUUCCCUCUCGCUAAUAGGUGUAGUAGGAAGAAAAUAUAACAGCUCCUCAAACAGCAGGCAUGUCUUUUUGGAAUACACUUGUGCCUGUGUGUGGUUUGGAGCACGGAGCUUUGUGCUUCAAUGAAACGUUGAUAAUGUCCAAAUGAACUGAAAGAUACAUAUAACUAGUCAAUAAUUCCUUUCUACUGUACAGACACCCUGCUUCCUUGGCAGAAAAGGAUGAGAGCACGCAUGAAUGUACAUUGUAAUUAUUUUCUAACCCCGAGUCCUUCCUGUCUAGGACGUCAACACUUAUAUUGUUUUGCUGACUUUAUUAGCCAAUAAUGUCGUACAAUUUCAUUUGAUCUUUCUUGAGAACCAGUAGAAGCCACGAUGUGAGGCAAAAAUUUCCCAGAAAGAGCAUGGUAGCUUACCUACGUUAUUGGACUUGCUGCAGAACUCAUGGGUACGCCUGACGAACGAACCUUUAGUUAGAGUUUCGUUUUGUGUGUUAUUAGAUGUUAUAAUUUGCAGCCGCGAACGUAACCUGUUCAUUGUUGAACUCGAGCUUUGCGCUCACAAUAUUUUUUUUUUUAUAUUUCAGACAACUGCGUGAUUUAAUUGACAUCAAGAGCCGCGUAAGGCAAUUUGCGCUUCGAGUGCUAACAUAAGCAGUGAUAGGACAUAUCAGAUUGUUACGUAAAUUUUCAAUAUCCACCAAAUGUCAUUUUUGAAGGCAUAGGAAGAUGCAACCGCGGAAUAUAACCAGCGAGAAACAUUAAAGACACAUUCGAUAUCUAUUAUUCGUAUGAUGUAGCCAACAGGUUCUAAUCUCUGCCAGAAGCACGUUUUGUUGCAACUGCUAAGUGAUGUCAUAUAUUUUUGCAUGUUAAAGCGAACACUUAGAAUUCAGCUAUACUGUGCACAUCCUUAGAUACCUCUUUACAAGUAACUUGCAUAGAUACUGGGUGGAGACGAACAAUUUGCUUUACCGUUUUAAGGUUGGAAAACAUGCAACUUCACAUCUGGAUAGAUUGUCGCAAUUGAAAUCUUUGAAAACAGUAACUUCAAAAUUUUUCGUUCUUCUGGCCAUUGCUGCAAAAAUUUCAAGGCUUGAGAUAUUAAAAAAAAUACAUGCACAAAAUAAGCCUUCAGAUUGAAUGUGACACCCUAAGAAUCUAACCGGGGUACGUAAUUCGUCAAGCUGCUUUAUACUAGAGAUACAUUUUGUUUAAAACUGUCAUUAGUAUUUUUUGCAACAUCUGAUGUUAUCUAGUCAAAGCUUUUUCGCAAAAAUAUAUUUUCUUUGUGGCAUAGGUCAAUUUUAAUAAGAAAAAGUGAUAGAAAAUGGUAUACCAUUAAAUAAAGCUCCAAAUUGUUAGUCUAAUGAAAGUUGGUCCAGAUGAAUAACUCCUGAAAUAAAUGUUCCAGCCUUAACUGUCAUUUUAAUUGUUUUUACAAAAAAUGUGUUGAAAUAGAAUGCAGUCAUUUAUUUGUUUUAUAUUUUUCGUGAUAUCUCACACAAGGUUCCACUGUGUGAUAGUCUAAUGUGUUAAUCAUAUAAAUUUACGAUGAGCAUCCAGGUGUUCUAGUCAGUGUGUACAUGAAACAUUGUCAUUUCAUGGUGUACAUUGCAAUCUAUUGCAUUCUAAAGUCAUCAUAUUGCUCAUACCGUUUUCAAACGUUUGUUUGUGUUAUCCUAGUAGUACCAUGUGUUAGCUUAUACUACACCACAGUAGCAUUGCUUUGAAUCCUCGAGCUGUAUUUUCAUGAUGUGAUACAACUCACAAGUGCCUCUUUACAUUACACUCACAAUGAAUAAGAAUGAUUGAAUUGUACAAUUUCCAAGAGAUACUAAGUGGUAACUUUGUCUGCAGUGGAGGCCGGCAAAGCAGAAUCUAUGUAAAUCAUGUUUUAAGUAUAAACAUUGUGAAUAGUGUGAAAUAUUGAAAGAUAUGUAGCUUCUCUUGAUUUUCUUUUCUACCGCUGAUUAUGUGAGUGGUACCUAGAAUGUACAUCAAAUGAGAUGUUAAAUCUCCUGCAAAUAAACUAAUUUUUUUAUGUGUUCA